AUGUACCACCACCUUCAGCACAAAACCCCACCCCCCAUAUUUCCCCUCAGUCUCAGUCCUCAGUCACCGGCGCUGCGGCUCUCCCUCCCGGUUUAUUCGAGAUUGUUGAGACUGAGAGUCAAUCAUCAUAGCUUCCUGACGAUGGACGGCGGUGGGGUGGACUCCGACGGCCGCGCAUUCACGAGCGCGGAGGAGAUGUGGCGGGAGGAGGUCGGCGACGGCGACCCCCUCAAGAAAUCGCAGUGGUACUCCGAGGGCGUGGGUUAUUGGGAGAGCGUUGAGCCGACGGUGAACGGAGUUCUUGGAGGGUAUGAGAAUGUAAAUAAACCUGAUAUUGAGGGUAGUGAGGGAUUUUUGAAAUCCCUCUUGGAUGAAAUGUUUAGUGGUGCUGGCAAUGGCAGCAGACCUCUUGUUGCUCUAGAUUGUGGUUCUGGGAUAGGGAGGAUCACCAAGAACCUUCUGAUAAGAUAUUUUAAUGAGGUUGACCUGCUCGAGCCCGUUUCACAUUUCCUAGAAACUGCUAGGAGCAAUUUAUCACCUGAAAAUUCGAUGUUCACGGAUGAGCAUAAAGCUGUCAACUUUUUCAAUGUUCCACUUCAAGAGUUCACUCCUGAGUUACAAAGAUACGACGUUAUAUGGAUACAGUGGUGUAUCGGCCAUCUUUCAGAUGAUGACUUCGUCUCCUUUUUUGAGAGAGCAAAGGGGGGUCUCAAACCUGGUGGCCUUUUUAUUCUGAAGGAAAAUAUUGCGAGAAGUGGUUUUGUUCUGGAUAAACAAGACAAGAGUGUCACGAGAUCAGACUCGUACUUCAAGCGGCUCUUUCAAAAAUGCGGACUGCACGUCUAUAAAAUGAAGGAUCAAAAGGGGUUGCCCGAUGGAUUAUUUGCUGUAAAGAUGUAUGCAUUGACAACCGAAUUACCGAAGAGAGUGAUCAAAAGUUCAAGAACCAAGAAACAUGCCAACAGACCUGCAAUUAUCAAAUGA